AUGUCUACUGGCAGCGACAACAACGAAAAGCACGGUGAGGUCCUGCGGCCGGUCAAAACCGCCGAGAGCGUUCUCGUGCCCAUCCCGCGAGAGGCGUUCGAGAAGCUUUAUCUGACGCCGAAGCCUCCCUCUGUGGCGGGAGAUCUACGGAAGAAGCUGGGCAAUCCUACACCCAUCUCUCUGAUGGGUUUCUUGCUGGCAGCGACUCCGAAUGCCUGCAUUAUAAUGGGAUGGAGGGGCGCGGGGGGUAAUGGAGGUGCUAUUCUGUUCGUGUCCCAUCAUUUCCGUUGUUUGCUUGUACUGACAUGUUCUUCGAGGCCGGUAUAUAUCUUCUUCGGCGGGAUGGUGCAGAUCUUCGGCGCUGUCGGAGAAUGGAUCAUUGGGAAUACAUUUUCCUCCGCGUUGUUCUUCACAUAUGGAACAUUCUGGAUCGUCCAAGGAACAGGGCUGAUGCCCUUCUUCGCUACGGGGCUUCACUAUUCCGAAACAGGAAAUGCCCUGGAAGGCAUGCAGACACCCAGCUUCGCCGCCACAACAGGCUUCUACUACGUCAUGUUGACCGUACUCACCUUCGUAUACCUAAUCUGCUCCAUCCGAACAAACAUCUGCCUGUUCGCGGCCCUCUUAUUGCUUGUGAUUACCUUCGGCUGUACUGCCGGCUCGUUCUUCCAGCUUGCAUUGGGCAAUGAGGAGCUCGGGGCGCGACUGCAAGUGGUCGGCGGAGCAUUCAACUUCGCUCUGUGUAUCCCCAUCUGGCAUAUUUUCAUCGCACAGAUUCUAGAGGCGGUUGAUUUCCCUCUUACCCUCCCCGUUGGUGAUUUGAGCACUGUCAUCCUGGGCCGCAGUCAAAAGCAGCGUGCGAGAGCUCAGGAGUGA